AACUGGGCUGGCCACAGAAAGGGAGUUGACUACAGCAGGGUGGAGCUAUAGGUGAGUGGAGAAACCGUGCUAAGUUCUCAAACUGCUGAACUCUUAGUAGUCAGCCCGGCUAGCAAAGGAGUUUCCAGCAUCAUCUAUUUCCCUUUGGAAACACUAAGGUUUCCUGACAUUUGAGCCAACAAUGGAUCUGAAGAAAAUUAAGGAUUACAUUUACUGGCUGCAUUUUCAGUAUCUCCUGGUUACCUGCAGUUACGUCCUGGAGCCUUGGGAACGAUCUAUGUUUGAUACUAUAAUAAUUACUAUUGUUGCUAUGGUGGUGUACACUGCCUACGUUUUCAUCCCCAUCCAUGUCCGCUUGGCUUUUGAUUUUUUCUCCCAAGUCUUUGGAAACCAAACUGAGAACACACUGACCCUCCAACACUGACUCAAGGCUUUGCCUUCUCUGGAAGUGCUCUUCCUCCACACUAUUAUACUCAGCUCUGCCUAGAUUUCUUUUGGGUGUGAUUGUGAGCCUGUUGAUUCAAAUGCACAUAUCUCUCUCCACCAUCACCCCUUCCUCUUGAAUAAAAAGCCAUGCCAUCAGGCUGGUCCUCACAGGAAUGCAUGCUUGCACAACUUCAGUCCAACCAUGAGUCAGCCUCUGGAAUUAGUUUCAUGAACUGAGUUCAUGCGUGGCAGAUUUGCAAUUGAACGCAAGCAUUUGUUCUUUGAACACCACUCCCCAUUGGAAGAAACAAUCGACUUGCAUUUUACUUUUCAUUUGUCUGGGUUCACAUUAUGUAAGCUGACGAUUUGGGUUUUGUUGAUGUUUUAAUUAGGACACACAGCUGCGAACAUUUUAAUACAAUGAAAUAAAAGGAAAGAUCGUUAAGGCUUUCAAAAGAUUCAAUAAUGUUUAAUUUUAUGAUGGCGCCUGCCUCCCCUAUGUUCCCUAUGUCAACAUAACAAAUUUUUAUCUGAAGUAGUAACUUAACAGGGAACUUAGUUUUAUAGAUGGCCUCAUUGUAUUUAAAGGACAAAAGUAAUUUUUUAAAAAGCAUAUAACAAGCUGCAGAUAAAUUUGGAUACACCUUUUCUCUUCAGUAAAGCAUAUUCUCCUAUUGUCUUUUGAUGCAUGCAUUUUGGCCAAUUCUCACAAAAAAAUUGGUUUUGACACUGGGCCGAAAAAUUAAUGUGUCCGUCUCUCUCAUAAUGGCUUUUCUGGCUCAUCAAUUGUUAUAUUAGCAAUACAUUGAAUUCCAGUAUCUUAAUUUUCUUUUAGUUCUACAGAGGCAAGAAAAUAUAAGGAUACAAGAAAAAGAAUAAUACCUGAAAUAGUAAUAUUUUCCAUUUUAAGAUGCCUUGGCUUUCUGCAAGAAGUAAUCUUAGACUUUCACCUAAUAUUUAUUUGGAUGUUUUUGCAAACUGGAAUUUUGCUUAAUACCAGCCGAGAAUUGCUUUUUAUUCUGUUAAUGUUCAGCUGAGAGAAAUGCACGUGCACACAAAUUUGUGUAAAAGUAGUACUCUAAUAAUUGGAAGGGCUCGAAAGCAUGUAUGUGGAAGAUUCAGCACUACAGUACUGCUUCUUUUUAGAAAGCAGAAAAAUCAUCUUUAUUCAAAGGGAUUACAUUUUCUUCUUGAAAAAUGCCAGCGUUGUACUUUGUAUAGAUGGAAUAUAAAUGCCAAAGAGCAAGAUUGCAUUAUCAGUGUAUUGUUGCAGCUCACAAAGCUUGCGGUAAAAGUGGCUGAAUGCAUCCAAUAUCUGCACAAUUACGUACAAUGAAAUAUUUGUCCCUUGUGCCGAUGGCAUUAGUUUGUGAGUUUUGAAAAGCAAGUGCUGUAAUUCUCCCAGCAAACUGGACUGAAAAGAUCUGAAUGUGUAUGCAAAAACCAUAAAAGUUGAAAUUAUCUUUAAAUGUAUUUGUGUAUUGCAUUGUUAUCUGCAGUCGAGCUUUCUUCAUGCACCUCCCAGAUAGGAUCACAGUAAUAUUCCUGGGAGGAUACAUGGUUUUGUUAGUAUUUUUAUUUUAUUAGUGUUUU